GCUUUUCUCUGCCCUCAGUCCACAGACUAGUUAACAGACUGUGGCCGGCUGAGCGAAGCAGAGCGGCUACCUCUCUGCUCUUUGUUCGCUGCUGUUGGGAAAGAACCGGAGAGAAGAGUGAGCCGCAUCCAUGCAAUAGCACAUUUAUUUGGUCCUGGAAAAUGAUCAUCUGUACGAAUAAAAUGGAGUAUUCUCUGAGAACACAGUGCCAGCGAGUCCAGAAACAGGUGGCGGUAAACGGAGAGAAAGAGCGAGUGUCGCUGCUCUUCAUGAAGGCUCUGGUCAGCAGGGGGAGCGUGGACGCCGUGUUCCAACAGAUGGCCUCUCACCCUCAGUACUUGGAGAGUUUUCUGCGGACACAGCACUACAUCCUGCACAUGGACGGUCCCCUGCCGCUGCCGUACCGCCAUUACAUCGCCAUCAUGGCUGCUGCGCGACACCACUGCACCUACCUAGUGUACUUGCACUCAGCCCAGUUUCUGAGGGUGGGCGGUGACCCACUGUGGUUGCAGGGUUUAGAGGCAGCGCCCCCUCGCCUCCGCCUCCUCGACCACAUUAACAAAGUGCUGGCCCACCAACCCUGGCUGAGCUCCUGCUCACACAUACAGACUCUGCUGAAGUCAGGUGAACAGUGCUGGUCUCUGGCUGAGUUGGUUCAGGCCGUGGUGAUUUUGGCUCACUGCCACGCUCUCUGCAGCUUUGUGUUUGGAUGUGACACAGACUCAGACUUGGUGUCUCGCUCCAAAUCUCCCAACGGUACCCCGCCAACCUACUGCCCCUUUGAUGCUGCCAACGGCAACACCAACGUGCCUCAGUCACUUGCCACUCCAUCUGAACACAUAACACGAAGACGGUCUCUAGACUCCAGUUGUGACAUGGUUUGUCUUAAAGAGAGGAUUCAAAAGUCCCAGGAGGAGCGUGAGAAGAGAGAAGAUCGCCUCCAACAGACGCAGACACUCCAGCAAACAGAUUUGGAAGAUGAGGAGGAGAUGAUGUGCUUCGCAGACCCGUCCCGUUUCAUUACAGACCCCAACUUCUGCUAUCAGGAGUUUGCCCGCAAAGAAGAGGACCACUUCCAAGUAUUCAGAGUUCAGGACUACUCAUGGGAGGACCACGGCUUCUCCUUAGUGAACAGAUUGUAUUCAGACAUCGGGCACCUCCUUGACGACAGAUUCAGACGUGUGACCACACUCCCCUCACUGCACAGCUCUGACCUGAAGAGGGCGAUCUGGAAUUACAUCCACUGUGUGUUGGGAAUACGCUAUGACGACUACGACUACAGUGAAGUUAACCACCUGCUGGAGCGGGACCUUAAGUUGUACAUCAAGGCUGUGGCCUGUUUUCCAGAUUCUACCAAAACACCAGUGUGUCCACUGAGUUGGGCUUUACUUAAAAAUUCAGAAAGGAUACAUGUGAACUUACUGAUCAUGGAGGCGAGGCUGCAGGCGGAGCUGCUGUACGCUCUCAGAGCCAUCACUCAGUAUAUGAUUGCCUAAGUGCUUGAAGACAAACACGUUUUGGAACUGUUCAUUGGUACAGAGAGCCAGGGACGUGAGGAUAAAGGUGCAGCGUAGGGGGAAGAGAGCAGCACUUUUAAAACGACAGAGCUUGGUGGUGUUUGUGGCUGUGCCUCAUGAAUCUGCUUCUCUUUCUCUCGGAGUUGAUGUAUUUGUACCGUAGCGUGCCACAGUCCCUCCCCCGUUUUCUCCCCCCCGAUCCUCUCUGAGUGUAGUUCUCCUAUCAGACACCCUGGCUCUCAAAUGUUAUGUGCAAUUAUUACUAGCGUUGUUUUAAUUUUUACAUGUGUUUCCAGCUCAGUCCUUGGGAAAAACUGCUCUAAGUUGUAGCAGCUCUGUGUUACACUGGCCAAUCCUGUCCUCUUUGGUUCGAUCGGUCUCCUUCGUAUUAACGAUGCUUUCCCAAAAACAUGUCUCUGUUCGAGUUGAAUGAAUGUCAGUGGGAGACCAGGGCUUCUUUUGUUGGUUGGUUUGUUUUUGUUUUUCUUUUGGGGACAAUCCUCAUCAGUGUUGAAGGACAGUAAAAGGACAGAAGGACGAUCAUUUUUGCCCCCCCUCCUCCAUCCCUCCCCAGCAUUUGCUACAAAUGCUGGUCAAGAACAAACACCACGGUGACACUGCUGGAACUUUCACAUCACUAUAGUUUCUUUUAAUAAGCACUUUUAAAAAAAAAAACUUUAUAUAUUUAUAAUGCAAGGUAGCUUGUUAGUGGACAAUAGGACGCACGGUGUGUGGGUCCGAAGCCUUUCUUUCUUGUCACUGUACGAAGUUGUAACAAUUUUUUUUUAGACAGUUUGUCCUCAAACUUUCAGACUUGUUUUUUUGUGCUCAAGUGACCCAGUGACAUUUCCUUCUCAUCCAAAAUAUUUUGACAAAUUAGCAGAAGGGUUUUGAGUGAAGACUGACGUUAACACCCGUUAAGAGCGUUUGUACUCAGGUGCUCAGCGGGCCGUUUGCUGCAUUGAACUUCAGGCUGAGUCGUUUGCAGAAUGAUCUUUUUUUUAUUGUUUGUACUGAAGAGCAUCAGGAAUAAUCCAAUCAGACACUUGAGUUUCAGACCAAAGGUCAAUAAACAUUUGCAGUGAAGCAAUGAACUGGGCGAAUGAAACGUGCACAGAAGCUGAACUGAGCUGCUCUGCUCAUGGGUUGAAGGGCAGAUGUUUUGAUGAUGAUUUGUGCUAAAGCUUUUUUUGCGAGCUGUAUCAAAGCUGAUUAUCAAGUGAAAAAUCCACGGUACAGAUUGCAGAGCAGAAAAAUGUGCAAAGUCUUUUCUUCUUUUUUAUUUUUUACAGUUUUUGUAAACAGUUGAGUUUUUGUUUUUUUGUUUUGUGGGUGUGAUGGUGAGAUUUGUUGUGCUGCAGCCUGGGUUAGACGUAGAGGUGCAACAGACUGUGUAGUGUUAGGCUUUUGGACGUAGAAAAAGAAACAGAAGUGCAUAUCAGCUUAAGCAAAAACACUGUCGACACGGGUGCCUUCAGGACAAAACUGGAGCGUGCUGAGGUGGAGGGCUGUGAACACCUCCACCUGACAGAUGAACAAUAACUUGUGGUGUUUCCUGCAUGAAUGAGAAGUGUGUUUUCUUACGUUGGUCAGCGCGGUUUACUGAUCACACACCUUUCCAAACCCCAGCAACUCAGCCAGAGCCUUUGACGCAGAUGGAUGUUCAAACUGUUCAAGUUUAGCUGAUAAAAAAAAUGGACAAAUAAAUUAAUAUAAAACAACUUAAAAAAAGAACAAAACAAAAGCAAAAAAAAUGUUUUUUGAAAAUGUGAAAAUUGUUUUCUAUAAAGAUGCCAUAUAACAAUAA